UACUAGACAUGCUAAAGAAAAAAAACACCGACCUCACAGACUUAAUUAGCUCUCGGCCGGGGUCUUCUUCUCUAUUUUCAGCUUCAGGGCACUCGUCAUCUCUGUAUUCCACGUACAACUCUCAUCACUCUUUGCAAUAAACAAGAAGCAGAGAAUCAGCGCAAACUUUCAACGCUCUAAAAUCCAUUGAACCUGGACGCAAAAUGGGCUCAGAAUCGUUUCUACGACCUCUCCUGACUGCGAAACUUCGCUUGAAUAUUUAAACUCUUCAUCUCUGAGUUGUUUUCGUUGUUGUUCUUCGUAAUCAGCAACAGGCAAAUAUGUUCUGUUUGCAGGUCAUCACUGUGGCCACCUAAAUGAGCAACCGGAUUACUGAUGCGCUCCCGGUAACAGAUAUGGAGUUACCUGCUGACGCUCACUCACAUGAACAUCCAGAGAACUUGCCAUACGUCCACAAAGUGGGAGUGCCUCCCAAGCAGAAUUUGUUUACUGAGUUUAAAACAACUUUCAAGGAAACAUUCAUGCAUGAUGAUCCUUUACGCUCUUUCAAGGACCAAUCAAACUCAAAAAAGUUACUCCUCGGACUACAAGCUGUUUUUCCCAUUCUUGAUUGGGGAAGAAGCUAUAGCCUUUCCAAAUUCAGAGGUGAUCUGAUUGCUGGACUUACCAUUGCAAGUCUUUGCAUUCCUCAGGACAUUGGCUAUUCAAAACUAGCAAAUUUGGCACCGCAAUAUGGACUUUACAGCAGCUUCGUGCCACCACUGAUAUAUGCAGCCAUGGGAAGCUCGAGAGAUAUUGCCAUAGGCCCGGUGGCAGUGGUGUCUCUCUUGCUUGGAACUUUGAUUCAGGAUGAGUUCGAUCCUGUUAAACAAAAAUUAGAUUACCAGCGUCUCGCAUUUACAGCCACAUUCUUUGCUGGACUCACUCAAUUUGCCCUUGGCUUUUUCAGAUUGGGUUUCUUGAUUGACUUCCUGUCUCAUGCUGCCGUUGUUGGCUUUAUGGGUGGUACAGCCAUAACCAUAGCUCUUCAGCAGCUUAAAGGACUGCUUGGCAUUAAGAAAUUCACAAAGAAAACCGAUAUUGUUUCUGUGAUGCGGUCUGUUUGGACUAGUGUACAUCAUGGGUGGAAUUGGGAAACUGUAGUAAUAGGAGUCGCUUUCUUGGCUUUCCUUCUCCUUGCAAAGUACAUCGGGAAAAAAAACAAGAAACUCUUUUGGGUGUCUGCCAUCGCUCCGUUGAUUUCUGUGAUCAUUUCAACCUUCUUUGUUUAUAUCACCCAUGCUGAAAAGAAGGGAGUCCAAAUUGUAAACAAGAUUGAAAAAGGCAUCAAUCCAUCUUCUGUCCAUGAGAUCUUCUUCACUGGAGAAAAUCUUGGUAAAGGUUUCAGGAUUGGGGUCGUGGCUGGAAUGAUAGCAUUGACGGAAGCUGUGGCAAUUGCAAGAACUUUUGCAGCAAUGAAGGACUAUCAUAUAGACGGAAACCGUGAGAUGGUAGCAUUAGGAACGAUGAACGUUAUUGGUUCCAUGACAUCGUGUUAUGUUGCCACAGGAUCUUUCUCGCGAUCUGCAGUGAAUUAUAUGGCAGGUUGUAACACAGCUGUUUCCAAUAUCGUGAUGUCUUUGGUUGUCUUGCUGACUCUAGAAGUGAUCACCCCGCUGUUCAAAUACACCCCAAAUGCUAUACUGGCUUCCAUCAUUAUAUCCGCUGUUGUUGGACUAAUCGACAUUAAUGCAAUGUUACUGAUAUGGAAGAUUGACAAGUUUGAUUUCAUUGCGUGCAUGGGAGCCUUCUUCGGUGUGGUUUUUGUCUCGGUUGAGAUUGGUCUCUUGAUUGCGGUCGCAAUAUCUUUUGCCAAAAUCCUCCUCCAAGUGACGAGGCCUCGGACUGCGGUACUCGGAAAAGUCCCAAGAACAAAUGUGUACAGAAAUAUACAACAAUAUCCAGAGGCAGCUAAGGUUCCUGGGAUUCUAAUCGUCCGAGUUGAUUCUGCAAUUUACUUUUCCAACUCCAACUAUAUCAGGGAGAGGAUACUAAGAUGGCUGAGUGAUGAAGAAGAACAGCUGAAAGAAAAUGGGGAGCUCAAGUCUAAAAUUCAUUGCUUGAUUGUGGAAAUGUCACCUGUUACAGAUAUUGACACCAGCGGAAUCCAUGCCUUAGAAGAGUUGCACAAUAGUCUUCGAAAGAAAGAUAUUCAGCUGGUUUUAGCAAAUCCUGGACCAGUGGUAGCGGACAAGCUGCAUGCAUCCGACUUUACUACCUUGAUCGGGGAAGACAACAUCUUCCUCACAGUAGCAGAUGCUGUCAUCACCUUUGCCCCCAAGAUGGAGCCUUAAAAGCACCUUUGUCACUUCAUUUCCGUCAUGGUCAAGGGCACUCCCUUUUCUUUUCUUUUUUUUGGGUGGGUGU